UCAGUGAAGGUUUAGGAUGGAAUCGAGUGUUGUUGUGAGGAACGGUUUAUGUCUUAGCUGUCAAAUGCGACAUCAUAGAGAAUAGAGGACGGUGACUAGUGGAUGGUAUAAGGCGACACCCUUCUUCUGUAUGCCUACUGCAAUGUAAAAUGAGAACGUCACAGAUAAUGUCAGAAGAGAACAUCUAAUUUCCCCACACCGCCUCUAAUUCUACCUGCGGGCUUGAACGGCGUAGCUUUGGUGUGGUGCUAGCUUGGAAGAGGACAGGAUUUAACACAGCUUGCAUCACAAGGAAUAUUCUAUCGUUUCCCUCCCACUGCCACCCCACCAACGCCACCAAGCGCCAUGAUCAGGGGCAGCUCGCCGUCCCCUCGACACUCGUAGCCCUGCCCACAGCUCUCUGAUUGGACCGUGCCUGUGUUGUUGCCUUGGUUGCCAUGACUUAGAGGAAGUGCUCCUGCUCAAAGAUGGAGAAAAAGAAGCAGUGCCCUCGCCUGCUCGACUACCUGGUGGUAGUCGGAGCCAGGCACCCGAGCAGUGACAGCGCGGCCCAGACGCCACAGCUGCUGCGCCGUUACCCGCUGGAGGACCACCCGGAGUUCCCGCUGCCGCCCGACGUGGUCUUCUUCUGCCAGCCCGAGGGCUGCCUCAGCCUGCGCCAGCGCCGCAUCAGCCUCCGAGACGACUCCUCCUUCGUCUUCACGCUCACCGACAAGGACUCGGGCAUCACGCGCUACGGCAUCUGCGUCAACUUUUACCGGUCGUUCCAGCGCGGGCACCACCGGCCGCGGACGGAUGCUAGAGGUGAUAAGAAUGUCCCGCCCAUGGAGAUGGCAGUGGAGGCCACAGAGAAGACAGAGCUCUCCUCGGCCGACGAGCACGAAGCGGGGCCCCUGCCGCCGGGAGAGCAGGGGGGCCCGGCCAGGUCCCCGCGGCCCAAACGCACGCCCCGCACGGCCCCUCGCAACCGCAACAGCACCCUGACCUCCCUCUGCAUCCUCAGCCACUACCCCUUCUUCUCCACCUUCAGGGAGUGCCUCUACAUCCUCAAGAGGAUGAUCGACUCCUGCAGCCUGAGGCUCAACCAGCGAACCGGCCUGCCCAAGGGCACGCAGAGGGACACCAUGUGGCGCAUGUUCACCGGCGCCCUCUCUGGCGGCGGCGAGGACAAGGACAAGGAUAAGAAGGACGGUCACGGCAGCAGCCUGCCGCUGCAGGACCUGCGCGAGAUCGAGUCCUGGGUGUACCGGCUGCUGCGCUCGCCCGUGCCGGUACCGGGCCAGAGGCGCGUGGACGUGGAGGUGCUGCCCCACGAGCUGCAGCCGGCGCUCACCUUCGCCCUGCCGGACUCCUCCCGCUUCUGCAUGGUGGACUUCCCGCUGCACCUGCCCCUGGAGCUCUUAGGGGUGGACGCCUGCCUGCAGGUGCUCAGCUGCAUACUGCUGGAGCACAAGGUGGUGCUGCAGUCACGGGACUACAACGCGUUGUCCAUGAGCGUGAUGGCGUUUGUGGCCAUGAUCUACCCUCUGGAGUACAUGUUCCCCGUCAUCCCCCUGCUGCCCACAUGCAUGGCCUCCGCUGAACAACUUCUCCUGGCCCCUACCCCUUACAUUAUCGGUGUACCUGCCAGCUUCUUCCUCUACAAGGCCGAGUUCAAAAUACCGGACGAUGUGUGGCUGAUUGAUCUUGACUGCAACAAGGUCAUCAGGCCGACCAAUGCUGAGCUGCUCCCUCCUCUACCUGAGCCAGAAUCAUCUGAGCUCAAGAAACACCUGAAACAGUGUCUGGUUAGGUUGACUGCCAUCACCCAAAAGCAGAUCUUCGCCUCCGACUCCAAGGCCCUGGCCAGCAUGAGCCUGAAUACGCAGCCCAUCCUGAACCUGGAGAAGUUCCAGGAGGGUCAGGAGCUGCCUCUGCUGCCCCCGGGCAGGGACAAGGCCUCGCCCUCCUCCACCGAGUUCAACCCCCUCAUCUACGGCAACGACGUCGACUCUGUGGACGUGGCCACCAGGGUUGCCAUGGUGAGGUUCUUCAACUCUCCGAACGUGCUGCAAGGGUUCCAGAUGCACACGCGUACGCUGCGUCUCUUCCCGCGGCCCGUGGUGGCGUUCCAGGCCACCUCCUUCCUAGCCUCGCGGCCGCGCCGCUCCGGCUUCGCCGACAAACUCUCGCACACACAGGCCGUGGAGUACUACGGGGAGUGGGCUCUCAACCCCACCAACCUGGCAUUCCAGAGGAUACACAACAAUGUGUUUGAUCCGUCUCUGAUUGGGGAUAAGCCCAAGUGGUAUGCCCAUCAGCUGCAGCCGGUCUUCUACCGCGUGUACGACGGCUCCUCACAGCUGGCCGAGGCCAUAAGCGGACCGCUGGAGGAGGACACCAACGACUCAGACCCCACCGACGACAGUGACAGUGAAGGCUAUGAUGACUCCAGCUCAUCCUACUCCUCCCUUGGGGACUUUGUCAACGAGAUGAUCAAAGGGGACAUUCAGGGGGACACUCCAAGAGAUGUGGACCCACUGGGCCACGCAGCGCUGGGUGACGCCAGUGAGGUGGAGUUCCAUGAAUUCCAGGAGUACAAGGGGGAGGGCGGCGAGGCCGUGCCCGAGGCAGAGGUCCCCCCGGAGGCAGCCGAGGGCCAGCCACUCCGCUCCAGCUCCAGCACCACGGCCAGCUCCAGCCCCAGCACCAUCAUACAGGGGGUCAACAAUGAGCAGUCUGAACCUCCAGAGAUGGAGGCGUCUGCCAGCGCAGCCCUCAAAAACGCCGUGCCGGGACUGACUGCCCAGGCGUUCCAGCGGCCCACCCCCGACCCCGCCUCCACAGACCCAGCCAAUAAGAAGAAAGAGUACGACAAUCCCUACUUCGAGCCGCAGUACGGCUUCCCGGUGGAAGAUGACGCAGACAACGAGGAGCAGGAGGAGAGCUACACGCCUCGCUUCAACCAGAACCUCAACGGCAACAAGCCACAGCGCCCCCUGCGGCCCAGCAGCCUGAAGCUGCCCGGGGAGUCAGACGGAGAGGGAGACUCCCGCAACAGCUCGCCCAACUCCACCAUCUCAAACAACAGCGGAGACGGACUCAGCGGACUCAUGUCAUUCGCCAGUAACCUGUACAAGAACCACGGCACAAGCUUCAGCCUCUCCAACCUGGCUCUGCCGAACAAGGCUGCCAGGGAGAAGGCCGGCCCUUUCCCCAGCCUCAAAGGGGCCCGGGGUCCGAGAGCUCUGGUGGACCAGAAGUCCUCGGUCAUCAAGCACAGCCCCACUGUAAAGAAGGAGUCCCCCUCCCCUCAGGGAAAGGCCAACAACACAAGUGAGAACCAGCAGUUCUUGAAGGAGGUGGUGUCGAGCGUGCUGGAGGGGCAGGGCGUGGGCUGGCUCAACAUGAAGAAGGUGCGCCGCCUGCUGGAGAACGAGCAGCUGCGUGUCUUCGUGCUCAGCAAGCUCAACCGUGCCGUCCAAUCAGAGGAGGACGCUCGGCAGGAGGUCAUCAGGGACGUGGAGGUGAACAGGAAGGUGUACAAGGGCAUGCUGGACAUACUGAAGUGCACCGUGUCCAGCCUGGAGCACUCCUACACCAAUGCAGGCCUGGGGGGCAUGGCCAGUGUGUUCAGCCUGCUGGAGAUCGCACGCACACACUACCAAACCAAAGAAGCGGAGAAGCGGAAGCGCAGCCCCAUGGAGGGCGCCAGCAGCCCCGGCAGCAAGGAGAGCCCGUCGGGCCGCAUGGAGAGCGCCCGGGCGGCCGGGGUGCUGCUGGUGCCUCGGCUCCAGCUGCACCCGCCCUCCGCCACCCACGGCAAGGGCGCGCGCCACUUUGACACCCGCAGUCUGAACGAGGAGAACUUUAUUGCCUCCAUUGGAGUGGAGGGGGCCAAGCAGCGGGCCGAGGGCACCGACACGGAGGAGAAGAAAUCCCAGAUCAGUGCUGACAGCGGCCUAAGCGUCACAUCUGGUUCACAGAAGAGCGAUACGGAGUCGGUGACGAGCUCCGAGCCUCCCAUCCUCACCAGGAGCACCAGUCAGGACUCGGAGGCCAGCACAGUGGUGAGCAACAGCUCAGGUGAGACGCUGGGAGCAGACAGUGACCUGAGCAGCACGGCAGGUGACGGCCUGGGGCGCACCGCCCCCCACCUCACCCUCUCCAGGGGCACCCUCUCCGACAGCGAGAUCGAGACCAACCCGGCCACCAGCUCUGUGUUUGGCAAGACCCAUCAGCUGAAGCCUGGCAAGAAGGAGCCAGUGGGGGUCAUGGCCAAGGGAGCGCCCGCACCCCCUCUGGAGGACGUCAGCAUGAGGAUCUAUAUCUGUGAGGGCCUGCUGGGGCGAGACAAGAGCUCCGUUUGGGACCAGCUGGAAGAUGCUGCCAUGGAAACCUUCUCUCUGAGCAAAGAGCGCUCCACGCUGUGGGACCAGAUGCAGUUCUGGGAGGACGCCUUCCUAGACGCCGUCAUGCUGGAGAGAGAGGGCAUGGGCAUGGACCAGGGACCUCAGGAGAUGAUAGACAGGUACCUGUCUCUGGGAGAGCACGACAGGAAGCGACUGGAGGACGAUGAGGACCGCCUGCUGGCCACGCUACUGCACAACAUGAUCGCAUACAUGCUCAUGAUGAAGGUUAACAAGAAUGACAUCCGUAAGAAGGUGAGGCGUCUGAUGGGCAAAUCUCACAUCGGCUUGACCUACAGCCAGGAGAUCAACGACAUUCUGGAUCGCCUCAAUAAUCUGAUCGGUCGCGAGCUACCCAUCAGGCCGAGCGGCAGCCGGCACAUCAAGAAGCAGACGUUUGUGGUGCAUGCUGGGACAGACACCACGGGAGACAUCUUCUUCAUGGAGGUGUGUGACGACUGCAUCGUGCUGCGCAGCAACAUCGGCACGGUGUACGAGCGCUGGUGGUACGAGAAGCUGAUCAACAUGACCUACUGCCCCAAGACCAAGGUCCUCUGCCUCUGGAGACGCAACGGCCAGGAGACACAGCUCAACAAGUUCUACACUAAAAAGUGCCGUGAACUCUACUACUGUGUGAAGGACAGCAUGGAGAGGGCAGCUGCUCGCCAACAGAGCAUCAAACCAGGUCCAGAGCUGGGGGGUGAGUUCCCCGUGCAGGACAUGAAGACGGGCGAGGGAGGGUUACUACAGGUCACCCUGGAGGGCAUCAAUCUCAAGUUCAUGCACAACCAGGUUUUCAUACAGCUGAAUCACAUUAAAAAGUGCAAUACUGUGAAGGGAGUCUUUGUCCUGGAGGAAUUUGUUCCUGAAACUAAAGAAGUGGUGAUCCACAGAUACAAGACACCCAUGGCACAUCAGAUCUGUUACUCGGUCCUCUGUCUCUUCUCGUACGUGGCAGCAGUGAAGGGGAAGGAGGCGGAGGGCAAACCAAAGCUGCUGUCCCCACGGCCCCUGUCAGCCAGCUAGACACACACAGUACACACACACACACACACACAGUACACACACACACACACAGUACACACAAACAUAUAUACAUGCACACACACAUAGAAAUAUUGCCCCUGAGUGUUUUGCUCUCUCCAGCACAAUUUCUCCCCUGUGAAUGAAUGCUCUUGCGCCUGCUGGACACACUCGCACACAAAACACACACACUUACACACACACACACUCACACUCCCUUCCAGCCUGUCCACCUCCUCCGCCCUGUGAUGAACUGCUGCUCAGGCUCCUCUCUCCAAUCUUCUGCGUCCAAGUGUGUGCAGCGUUGAAGCCUUUCUCUCCGCGUGCCGACUGCAUAAAAAAAGACGCUAGACCGACCCAACGCCCCAAUACCAUACGUCCAAAUACCCAAGGUCCAAUACCCAACGCCCAAUACCCGCCGCCCUAGUACUCAACGUCCAAUACCCCAUGCCCCAAUACCCGAAGUCCAAAACCCGACGCCCCAAUGCCCGCUCCUCCUCUUCUGCAAUAGCACAAUGUCCACCCGUGGGCACAAUAUGAAGCUCAGUGGAUACUCAAGACUAUGGCACCUAUGAUGUAGACUUCGCUCAUCUCCCCCAUAGCUCAGAUGCAUAUGUGGAUUGGACCCCUUUCAUCAAAGGAUGCCCCAGCUCUUUAUGUGAUGUUGACUUUCUCGUAAAUGGGGGCGUGGUGGGUUUCCUUUUCUUGGCUGUUGUCAAUUUUUUUUUUUUCCUUUCAUAAUUUAAAAAAAGAAAUCAGGUGUUGUCGUGUUGCUGUUUGUUGCUCCUCUCGUUCGUGAUCAUGUCCCUCCUUUUCUCUGGUGUAUCCCUCCUGCACUUACGUCUAGUCGUUGCGGCCUGCCUGCCUGCCUGUCUGAUAUCUGAUCUGUUACAUAGAGACACAGCAAAGCGUACUAUCUUGCAUGCAGGUCCCAUGCACAGACAACCAACAAAAGGCAUGCCCAACCAGGACUCAAAAGCAAUCUUUGCUCAUCUUGUGUGUACUCUGGAACCGAACCGAGCACCCCAACCCUACCAGUCCCCUCAUCUUGCCUCUUCCUUCAAGUUCUCCUCUCCUCACCUCCUCUCCUCAUCCUCCUCCUUCCUCUCAACUCGCUAUCCAGAGACUGUGAUGAUGAAUAUUCUGUGUCUCUGCGGUACUAUCGUCUGUUCAGUCUUAAACAGCAUUAUCAGGAUGAAGCCUUUGAAAGAUGGAUGCCAGCCCCGCACUCAGAGGUGUCUGUCUGUCUCUGUCUGUCAUGGCAGAUGACACCCGCGGUAGCCUAAGCCAAGGAUUAAGAAAAAGAAACGUCCCUCUUUUUGAAGGCUUCAUUCUCCCCCAUCCCUGUCCCUGUUCCUCAAAAUUCCAACCUGCUGUAAAAGUGGUCCAAGCUGUGUGUGUGAGACUGCGUGUGUGAGCGUGUGUAUGUAAAAAAAAAUAUACAUAUUUUAGCGGUGCCCCUCGCAAGGCCAAAAACUACUGUACUAGAUCUACUGUAAACGGUUUCAUGUUUGUGGUCAGCCGUGUUGAAAAUGCAUGUCGUGCUCAAUACGAGUAUAAAAAAAAACCCUUACGAAAAAGAAAAGAGAAAAAAAAAACAUUUAAAAAAACAAACUGCUGUACAUUUCAAGUUUUUUCUGUUUUAAGAAACAGAAAACAAAAAUAAUGUUACAAAAAAUUGUGGUUCAUUGACUAGAUGUGCAAUACUACUUGUAGUGGGGUGUGGAGGGGAGUCCUCUGACCCCAGUCAGUCAGUCAGUCAGUCAGUCAUUCCUGCUGUAUAAGACUGCAUCACAUGCGCCCCCGCCGUCUGUCCUGAUUGUGGUGAGAAAAUCAAUGAGGACCACUGUGGAAGAGUCUACCACGGAGAAGCCCCAGGGUGGUUUGGCACUGGCACUGUAAUGAACCACAGGAUAGAGAACGAAAUGGAGAGAGAAAAUAAGGAGACCAAAUGAAAGAGAGAGAGAGAAAGAGAGUGCUGUUUUUGGAGACGUGUCCUUUUCUCUUCUUCCUCUCAUGAUUCCCGCCACUGAAGAGCUCAGCUGUCUUGUCCGCUGCUGCCCGCAGGGAAAGCUAAACUCUGGCCUGUGCCCUGUAAUUUCUGUGGAAAUGAGAGCCGUUUAAACAGCUUCCUUCUAACUUCCAGCCCGCCACUCUGGGCUGGGAUAGUGAGGGACACACAGCAGAUAGACCUUAGAGAGAUUCAUCUGAUUGAGGAUAAUACCACAGAUUGGGCUUCCUAGGGUAUUACACACAGAAAUAUUUACAUAUUUUUUUGACUAACCCACCUCUCGUUUUGCUGUCUUUUUUUGUUUGUUUAAAAAAAAAAACAGCACAGUCUAUUGUUACUUCAGAUUAUCCAAAUUGACAUUCCUGUAAGUAGUAGUUGUAUUUGAGCCCAGUGGACACUUGAGAUGGAAGUCAGAGGAGGGGCAGAUGACGUUGUAAAUAGUGCAGAGGUGGCCCAAGUAAAGGUAGAAUAAAAAAAACAAAGGUUGCAACAGUUUCCUUCCAACACAAAUUACUUCACUGAGUAACUGGCCUACAGUUAAUAUAGAGCGAUGUACCUGGUUGGAUCAAAUUUGGGAGUUUUCUUUUUAAGCGUUGUAGAUAUUUUCCAGUAAAAAUAUCUAGCCACCUCAUUAGGUACAAUGGAAUAACUGGUGUAACCACUAUGUAAUAUCAUGUGCUAGUGUUGCACUUGCAUAAAUUUACCCCAACUUUGACUUUGGCCACCUCUGAAAUAGCGCAGAGAUCAGUAGGGGCAGAGCGGCUUCCAAAAACAGACAUGCUGGCCUGUGGUUCAAAAGAGAAGCUGUGUCAAGAAUAAAGAGAGAGAAAGAGAGAGAUGUGUUUAACUACUGAGUCUGUGCUUCGAGAUCGUUGAGUGAGCGUGCAAGAAAAUUGAGAUAUUGGGUGUAAAUAUUUCAGUGUUUAAAAAGGAAAAGAAAAAAAGUAUUUAUAGAAAAAUGUACAGCUUUGGCAAUAUGAAAUAAAAACAUGUCCAACCCAAGUUGUUUGUGAAGAGCAUUUUGUUGUUUUAAUGAUUUUAAAUCCAAUUUUGUGCGGUACACAAGUUUGAAACAUUUCUGAUGUACAGAGAGUCAUGUAUAAGGCAACACUGCAGAGUGGGAGACAUGAUUACAUUUAAAGCUCUUAGCUUAGAAUAACCAAAUCAGAAACCCUUUUAUCAGAAACCUGCUUGUCGUUCCAAUAUAUCCAGGUAGUACCUGGCCAUACAGUACCUUGCAUUUUACCAGUCUGAGUAUAUCUAUAA